UCUCAACAUGGCAGAGUUUCGUUCGCUCAUUCACUUUUACGCCGUCCCGCGGUUCUUUUUCUCUUGGGAGAGAGCAUUUUUUUGUUACUGUGACGAAUUGAUGUCGGCGAUAGAAUAAUUCCGAAUUCACGUUUAAGUUCGUUCUUCUCUUAAGCUAAACAUCACAUUUGUUGUUGACAAUAAGUUACUUUUAUUGUCAAUUCCGUUCGUUGGGGCGAGUGCUUAAUGGCAGUGUCACCAGGAGCAGGUAAAAUGGAGCACGGAUUCACGAAGUGAGCAGUGAAGAAGUCAAAUUUGUUGUAACGAACCUUAUUAUUGGAAUCCAUUCUUCGUUAUUUUUUUUAACAAUGACUCUCAUUGCGAAGUUACACGCUACAUGAGUGAGUGCACGGUAUAUAGAACGCGUGUUCCCGAGUAGUGUCAUGAGCGCGAUUGACGGCACCGGGUGCGCUCUCGAUAAACUGAAAUCCACGGGGAAGAAGAUGAACGGCAUUAACACCCACGUCGUGGACAGCGCCAAUUGUUCCAAGCAGCUGAAAUUUGGUGUGGACCGCAUACUGUCGAACGAGAUCUGUGCUAAGAAAACGGAUGUGUUUAAGCCACUGCCGAUCCAAAUGCCGUCAAUACGUUGCCCCUGCGUCGGAAGUUGCGGAAGAUGCGAAGCUCUCAGAGCUUGCACAUCUUUUCCGCACGCUCAUUCGUCAUUACCCGAAGGUGUCACACCAGCACCGUAUAUCGGAAUAAUGGAAAGUUUAGGAACUUUAUAUCGGCCGGCACCGUUGCGUCCCGUACCGAGAACAUCAAUUUCGUCCUCCUCUACGAUGAGCUCUUCGGAAACCAGCACGCGCAGGAAGAGAUCGUGGUCCAGAGCCGUGUUUAGUUCAUUGCAGCGGAAAGGCUUAGAGAGGCGAUUCUCUUUGCAAAAAUACAUCACGAAGCCCGACCGACGACAAUUGGCGGCGACUUUAGGCCUAACUGACGCACAGGUUGUACGACUUGGGAAAUUUUGUCAAGGUUUGGUUUCAAAAUCGUCGGAUGAAAUGGCGACACACGAGAGAAAGCGAGAACCCUGCCUUGGCUGGUCCGGACUCCACGCAGAAGGACUUUCCCCAGAAAGUGGUGAAACCUACAGGCACGACGCAGCAAGAGGACGAGGAGGACGUGGAGAUUGACGUGGAUCUAUGAGACUUUGGCGCGUGUGCCGACAAUUCCGU